AAAUUUUUAAUAGUUUUGACGGGAAAGGUCUAAGAAAGUAGUGUGAAAUGUUUGACGGCAAUCACUGGAAUGGUUCUAUGAAACUUCCAUGAUAUUGCAAUGUAAAAAGCAUUAGUUGGCACUUGAAAGUUUAUUAAGAAGAUGGUCACACCGAAAAGCGAGGCUACAUUAUAGUCUCCUUUUGCUUGCAUUCAGUCACCUUAUCUGUCGUUCACUUUCCUUAUAUCUGAGUUUGCCUUCGUUCCAGCAACUUUAAGUUUUCCAAAUCCCCCAUCUACCUCUUUCUUCAAUCACUCUUUAACUCCAAUUCCCUCUUCCAUUCGUCAACCCUUCAUAACCUUACCAGAUUUCACCCCAAUCGGUUAAACCCAUAUCCAAUAAUUCCACAAAUCUUUUUCUUUCAUUCACCCACUCCCUAAUAAUCCAACGGUGGAGACAUCUCUCCCUUCAUCAGGUGGGGGCUGGGACCGUGGAACAUUGAGGGAUUCCCUCUUAUCCUCAAACCUUGGCAUCAGAAACUCUAGGCCCAGUUUAUGUGUGAGGAGUUCCUCCGGGAAAAAAAAAAAAAAAAAAAGCUUAAUCCGAAUGGCGCUUGUGACCACCAAAGGAGCCUCAUCUUCCUCUUCCUCUUUCACCCACCAACCCAAGAACUUCAAUGUUUUUUUGAGUUUCAGAGGUGAAGACACCCGUUUUGGUUUUGUAAGCCAUCUGUAUCACGCUUUGUGUCUCCAAGGUAUUCACACCUUCAUCGAUAAUGAUCUUGAAAGGGGAGAAGAAAUUUCUACAGAGCUUCUCAAAACCAUUGAGAAUUCAACGUUGUCAGUUAUUAUAUUUUCUGAAAACUAUGCAUCCUCCGCUUGGUGUUUGGAUGAACUUGCUAAGAUUAUUGAGUGUUGGGAAAAUAUUCAAUCGGUGUUACCAACUUUUUACAAAGUGGAUUCAUAUGGAGUUCGUAAAUCGGUGUUACCAAUUUUUUACAAGGUGGAUCCAUCUAAAGUUCGUAAGCAGCAAGGAAAGUUUGGGGAAGCACUAACUAGACAUGAAGAAAAUUUUAAUGAUAAAGAGAAAGUACAAAGGUGGAGGAAAGCUCUACUUAAGGCAGGCGGAAUUUCUGGAUGGCACUGCAAUAACAGCAGCAACGAAUGUGAACUUAUCCAAGAAAUUGUUAAAGAGAUCUCAAAGUCUAAACUAAAUCAGAUGGAAUUACAUGUUGCUAAAUAUCCAGUUGGAAUAAAGUCUCGUGCAGAGGCUUUAAUAACACAUUUAUAUAUUGAAUCAAAUGAGGAUAUUCACAUGGUAGCGAUCUAUGGCCUUGGUGGAGUAGGCAAAACUACAAUCGCAAAAGAUAUUUAUAACAAAAUUUCACAUCAUUUCAAAGCAAAAGUUUUUCUAGAGAAUGUUAGAGAGAGGUCACAGACAAAUGAAGGCAUAAUAUGUCUACAAAAGAUACUUCUUUCUAAGAUCUUAGGGAGCAGGAAUUUGGAAGUGUGUAAUGUAUCUAUUGGAAUCACUAUGAUAAAUGAAUGUCUUUGCCAAAAGAGGGUUCUUAUCAUACUUGACGAUGUGGAUAAUUUGGACCAAAUAGAAAAAAUGCUUGGAAAAUGUGAUCAGUUUGCUGCUGGAAGUAGAAUCAUUAUGACAACAAGAAAUAAACGCUUGCUUGGAACUCUUGGAAAUGGUAUUUCAACCUAUGAAUAUGAGGUCAAGGAAUUAAAUGAAAAUGAAGCUAUUGAACUCUUUAGUAAGCAUGCUUUCCAAAGUAACAAACCCAAUGGAGAUUAUUUGGAACUUGCGCACAAAGUUAUACAUUAUGCCAAAGGCCUUCCACUAGCUCUUGUAGUAAUGGGUGCUGAUUUGUAUCGAAGACCAAAACUUGAAUGGGAAAGUGCUCUAAAAAAGUAUGAAAAAAUUCCGAAUGGAGAUAUUCAAAAGAUACUGAAAAUAAGUUAUGAUGGAUUAGAUGAAAAUGAACAGAAUAUUUUCCUUGAUAUUGCAUGUUUCUUCAAGGGAUAUUGCAUGAAUUAUGAUAAGGUUGUGGCUAUACUAGAAGGUUGUGAUUUAGAACCAGUAGAUGGUAUUUCAAGACUUAUUGAUAAAUGUCUCGUGACUGGUGAUCAUUAUAAUGAAUUGUCAAUGCAUGAUUUGCUACAAAGAAUGGGUAGAGAAAUUGUUCGACAAGAAUCACCACAAAAUCCAGGAGAACGUAGUAGACUAUGGCAUUGUGAGGAUGUUCUUGAGGUACUAACUAAAAAUACGGGGUCAGAUAUAAUUCAAAGCAUAAGGUUGGAUCCGUCUGAGCCAAUAGAGUUGCAAUUGAAUGCACAAAUAUUUCGUAAGAUGAAAAAUCUUAGAUUGCUUACAAUUCACAAUGUACAUUGCCAAGGACACCUUGAAUAUCUUCCCAAUGGGUUAAAUCUGCUUGAUUGGCCUGAAUAUCCAUUCCCUCUGCUUCCAUCCCAUUUUUCUCCUAAAAAUCUGGUCGUACUCAACAUGGCCGGUAACCAAUUAGAGAAAACAUUCAAGCAGGUUUUUGCAUUCAAAACCUUGAGUUAUGUGGACUUCAGUCGGUGUGAAUCCAUUUUGAAAAUACCCGACUUAUCAAUGAGCCCAAACAUAAAGGAAUUGAAACUUGUGUACUGUAAAAAUUUAGUUAAGAUUGAUGACUCCGUGGGGCGUCUUGAUAAGCUUGAACUGUGGGACCUUACGGGUUGCAAAAAACUUGAAACUCUUCCGAGUUGUCUCUCGAUGAAGUCUCUUAGAUCUUUUAAUCUUGAUUCCUGCAGAAGCCUUAAGAUGUUCCCCCCCAAUAUUUCGCAAGAAAUGAAAAGUUUAAAGAGGUUACAUUUGUACGGGACUGGAAUUAGUGAGUUGCCUCAGUCAUUUGGGAAUCUCACUGGGAUUACUGAUUUAGUUCUCGGAUACUGGGCGGUACGGCUACAUCUUCCAGGUAGCAUCUAUAACUUACAAUGUCUUCAGAUUCUCUAUCUUAUUGGCGAUUUCACAUUUCCGAAGGACGAGGAGCCACUGUGCAAUUCUUACGGAGGCUUUUCCAAAUAUGUUUUUCCAAGCUUGAACAGUCUAUUUUUUUCCGAUUUUUCAAAUCUCUCAGAAAUGGAAUUUAUUUUGAAUUAUUGUUGCCCCCCUACAUUGGGAGAAUUAUAUAUCAAUGGUAGCAAUAUUGUUAACCUCCCAAAAAGCAUUGACAGAUUUCAGAGUUUAGAAUUUCUCGAAAUCGCACGUUGCUAUGGACUUGAGGAAAUUCCAAGGUUUCCACAAAGUGUAAGAUAUGUAUCUGCACCAGCAAGGGAAAUAUUGGUUCAGAUUCCAGAAAUAUUAAGGCUUCCACCAAAUAUACCACCUUGUUUAGGUGUGAGUAGCCACAUGUUAAUAGGUCCACACCCCCACUCAUCUUCUACAAUAUCCCCAGUGAGUGUCCCCGAGAAGUAUGUCUUCCUUAGUGACUAUAACUUUGUGGUAGAUUUACUUGGGGAUGAGAUCAUUGAGAUUCCAAAUUGGUUAAACCACCAACGCAAUGGAAAUUCAAUAUCAUUCUUCAUUGGUCCAGAAAUUCCAACAAUUACUCUGUGUCUGUGUGUUGAGAUUAAAAUGAUAGCGUAUGAUAUUUAUGAUGUUAAUUAUCAUGCUGUCAUUUCCAUCAAUGGUUGUGAACGACUGUUUGAAAGCUCAUGUUUUAGUAAUAAAUAUGGUGCGCAGCUGGUGUUUUGUUGUAGACUUCAGAGCUCAUUGCAGAUACUAUUUGAGGACUUGAAUCUAGGUGAUCGGAAUCUUGUUCAGAUUUUCUGUGAAGCCUCAAAUGAUACUGGAAAAAUUGUUUCUGAGAUUAAAAGGGUAGGGGUCCAUGUAGAAUGCAUUUGUUCUCCUCAAAAAUCACAAAAAGUUAGCAAAAAGAGAAACUGGCCCCUAGAAUCAAGGAUCUGCACAUGUUUGUGUUUAGCACAAACCCAUUGCCAGUGUCCAAAGCAGCUUUGCUCCACAUAUUCAACAGGACCAACUUCAGUGCAUUCAGGCUAUUCGGACAAUUGUAUUAUCUCAAGUGCUAUGGAUGGUGGCGGGUCAUCCUCGAUUUCUUUGUCAUCUAAUUCAGGGCUUUCUAUGGACGUGACAAAUGGGUCUGAAUUUGAUUUUGGAUUUCAAUCAACCCUUGGUGAUGGGUUUGACAUGGGUUCUUCCUCUUUAAUAGAUGAUUCUGACUUUAGUCCAUAUCCAUAGUCAAAGAAAAUGAGACCCUCUUGAUCAAAUUUCAUAAAAAACAUUGCAAGGGUUGGCAGUGGCACACCAUGGAGGACCAUUGAUGACGAACAGGGCAGCAGCAUUGGCAAAAUGUCUAGAAAAUGUUACUAAUUGUCACACCCUGGAGGAUCAUUGUGAUUAAAAAAACCAAAAAGAAAAAGGUUCUUAGAGGGAAUAAAGUAGGUCAUGGACCUGUUGCCGAGGCUUGGAAUGAAAUGGUCAAAACUGUUUAAUGGGACAUUGGUCUCAUCAUGACAAAGCUGCUCUGAGGCAUAGAUACAAACAUUUGAGAAGGCAAUAUAAUGACAUUAAGGUUCUUCAAUAUAGUGGGUUAUCUUGGGAAGAAACAGGAGAAAUGGUAACUGCUGAGAUUAUCUUCUGAUGGAGGGUAUAACCAUGUGGGUCAAGAUAUUGGUUGCAUAUAAUGGAGUCGGUUAGAUUUUCUUUUCACAAACCUAUAACAGGCCGUAGCAUUUGGUGAGAUUUUUGGAUUCUUCUGAAGGUGCAAAAUUUCAAAUAACUCUCAUAAGUUUCAAAUUAAGUUCUUAUGAAUAAAUAUACCAUAAUAGAACUCUCCUAAAUUUCAAAUAUUUGUUUUUGAUACGCGGAAAUGACAACACUGAUGAAAGGAAAUAUUACUAAAGUUACACUCUAGACAUUGAGGACUAUCGGCUGGGAUUGAUGCUCUCUCUCUCUCUAUACUACCUGUAGUUAGAAAGGAUUUGUACAUUCAAUUUAUGACCUCCCAGAUAAUUUAUGAGCAUUUGCAUAAUUAUACAUGAAGGCCAUGUAAAAAGUCGAGCAUAGGUUCAUGUAAAAAUUUUGACUAAAGUAUUGUUGUCAUAAGUUUUAAUUUCCCAAUAAUGCAAUUAUUGCAUUUAGUUUUCCUGAAAGUGUCAUAUAAAAACAAUGAAAUCUCCCCAUUUCCAGUAAUGUUUGAGAUUGAUAUGAAACAAAAUAAUUAUUCAAAUUUUUCUUUGGUACCCUUGAGAAUAAAUUUUUGCAUGUAACAAGAGUUAUUUUGAAGUUGUAGGUGAAGAGGAUGACCAAUUCUUCACUAGUAGUGUUUCUCAUGGAUGAUAUUAACCUUGAGUUAGGCAAUUGCACAGAAGGAAUAAAAUUGGUCCUUCAUGCUAUCCUCAAGCUUCAACCUGGAUGAUUGCAUCAUGCAGUAGAAGAUUUGGCGUUCUAUGUGGCAAAGAUGCACUAAAAGAUCAAAAUUUAAGCUUGAUGAAAGAUUACAAGGAAAUAAAGGAUCUCCCAGUUCAGAAUGGCUUUGCUGGUGAUGAAAAUUGCCAAAAACUGACAGCCAAUGUUGAUCUUUGGGAAACUUAUAUCAAGGUACUCAAGUGCUUUCAAAACAACUCAGACUUUGCAACCUCGGGAUCAAGGACCAGAGAGGCCUGUUGUGCACAUCUCCUGAUAGUUGGCAGUUGGUGAUCACUGCUAAAGGGUUUUGGCAAGCUUCUUCCAAGUUGGAGAAAGCAGGGUAGGGGGUGAUGACAGCUUUUGUAGCCAAAUCACAUGAAGAACUGUUUACUGGUUGCUUCAGCUGCAAUACAUCAAGAAAAAAGACUGUUAAGAUGUUUGGCAAUCAAAAAUUUUAUUUUGACAGCUAAGUGAAAAGGAUUUUCACACCUAUUGCAAGUCAUAUAUUGGAGGAUAUCUACACAACGAAGAGAAGGCUUCCUUGAAGAUUAGAAGUGAUUGUGAAAGACACUUCUGACUUGCUAAAGCAGGGAUGCAAGUUUUUUUUUUGCAGUUCAUAACGGGUAUUAAUUGAGGCUAGGGUUCUUCAUUGUACCAGACCUUUUUGUUUUAUCAAUAGAAAAAAAAAAUAAUUAAUUAACUGUAUAUCCAUUCUAUUUAAUGUACUUUUUAGGUGGGCUUAGGCUUACACUUAUAAACUUUAACCCAAGAAGAUAAGAACAUCCUACAGUUGUAAAUGGUUAAAAGAUCAAAGAUUAAUUGUAUGUCAUUUCAUAUCAAAUUACUCAUCUCAAGGUGGAUUUUGACUUAA